UUAAUUGGGUUCUGUAGUGGCUCUGUGUUGAAUGGUCAGUCGCAGAGAGAAGGGGGCAGCCGUUGAUUUAGGAGAAGCGUUUUGUCUGAAGCCGUGGCUGUAAAUGAGGCUUUGCUAUUUUGUGUUAGUCGGUCAAAGAGUGUCUUCAGACAGCGGAAGACAGAUACACGCGCGCACAGGAUCUCCAGACGGAGGUUGCGCUUCCAGUCUCUUGAUACGCGCAACAGAUUUCUCCUUAGUGACAGAGGGAUAUGCGCUUUUGCAUUUAAUGUCAUUGCUUGUUUUAAGCACUUGCGCUCUGUUCAUUUUUCAAGACCUGUUUUUGACGUCGGAACCUUUUGAGAAGACGCUUUUCUUUCGGAUUUGGAGAUGUUUUUGAGACCAUAACAACGCAUGUAAAGGAUUGAGACAGCUCAACAAAGGAAGCGACAAUCAUUUUGAGAGUUUAUUUCAGUGCCUGUCGGAACCCAACAUGGAUAGCAGCAAGGGCACAGUGUUCUGUGCCACUUUACUCAAACUUGCUGUGCUCGUGACAUUGGCACGGUACGUCUCGGCUAAAACUCUGAAAUACCAAGUUUACGAAGAGCAGAAGGUGGGUACAGUAAUCGCCAGACUUCGAGAAGAUGUCGCUGAUGUUUUGUCCAAACUUCCGAGCACGAUUCCGUUACGCUUUAGAGCCAUGCAGCGCGGCAGCGCGUCUCUUCUCUCCGUGCGCGACCAGGAUGGAGAGAUCAGCAUCAGGACCAAAAUUGACCGCGAGAAACUGUGCGAGAAAAAUCUAAACUGCACUAUCGAAUUUGACGUCCUCACCCUCCCCACGGAUCACCUACAGCUGUUCCACAUCGAAGUGGAAAUUUUGGACAUUAACGACAAUGCGCCACAGUUCGCGCGCCCCGUCAUUCCCAUAGAGAUCUCCGAAACCGCCGCUGUGGGGUCGCGCAUUCCCCUUGACAGCGCCACCGAUCCAGACGUCGGAGAGAACUCAUUGAACACAUACUCUCUGACCCCGUCUGACUUCUUUAUGAUUGAUAUUCUAACCCGAACCGAUGGCGCCAAGUACGCGGAGCUCGUUGUGCUUAAAGAGCUGGAUAGAGAGGUGAGAGCGAGCUAUGAACUCCAGCUCACCGCCUCAGACAGGGGCGUUCCCCCAAAAUUUGGAACAACGCUCCUGAAAAUCAGCAUAGCUGACUCGAACGACAACAAUCCGGUGUUUGAGAAGCCAUCUUAUGUGAUCAACUUGCUUGAAAAUUCCCCUUUAGGCAGUUUGCUUAUUGAUCUGAAUGCCACUGACCCAGAUGAAGGGACCAAUGGUAAAAUUGUAUAUUCUUUUAGCAGUCACGUGUCACCUAAAAUUCUAGAGACGUUUAAGAUUAAUUCUGAUAAUGGUCAUUUGACACUAAUGAGGAAAGUUGACUUUGAAAGCACAAAUUCGUAUGACAUAGAUGUUCAAGCUCAAGACAUGGGCCCUAACUCAAUGCCAGCACACUGUAAAGUCAUAAUAAAAGUGGUGGACGUGAAUGACAACAAACCUGACAUUAGCAUCAAUUUGAUGUCCACUGGGAACGAGGAGAUAGCUUAUAUAUCAGAGACAGCUCCUGUAGAUACAUUUGCGGCUCUGGUGAGGGUAGAUGACCUGGACUCUGGGUUGAAUGGAGAGGUGGAGUGCCGUCUCCAUGGCCAGGGUCAUUUCAGGCUGCAAAAGACAUAUGAGAAGAACUACAUGAUCCUUACCAACGUCACUCUGGACCGAGAGAAGAGGUCCGAGUACAGCUUGACAGUUAUAGCUGAAGACAAAGGCUCUCCAAGUCUAUCAACCAUCAAACACUUCACUGUGCAGGUCCAGGAUGAGAAUGACAACGUGCCAAAGUUUGAGAAAAGCAGGUAUGAGAUUUCCCAGGUGGAGAACAACUCACCAGGAGCUUAUCUGUCAUCUGUGAGGGCCUCAGACCCAGACCUGGGCCCGAAUGGUCAAGUGAGCUACUCUAUACUUGAAAGUACAGUCCAUGGGAGCUCCAUCUCCACUUAUGUAACUAUUGACCCCUCUAAUGGAGACAUUUAUGCGCUACGUACGUUUGAUCGUGAAGAUGUGAGUCAGAUCUCGUUCUUAGUCCAGGCCCGGGAUUCUGGAAGUCUUCCGCUGCGUAGUAAUGUGACCAUUGUGUUGACCGUCUUAGAUGAGAACGAUAACAGUCCGGUCAUCAUGAUGCCUCAGCUGUGGAACCACACAGCUGAUGUUCCAGUAUCCAAAUACGCAGAGAUCGGUGACGUUGUAACUGUAGUCCGCGCGAUAGACCGUGAUGCUGGCACCAACGGUGACCUGUCAUGUUCUGUAGUAGGGGGCAACGAGGCAGGUUACUUUGCCAUGGAUGCUAAAACAUGUGAAAUUCGGACCAACGUCAGCAUGCAGGACGUCCCACAGGAUCACGUGGAGCUGACCGUACUCGUGCAGGACCAUGGUGCUCAACCCCUCAGCGCCAGAGCCCUACUAAGACUUUCGCUUUAUGAAAACAUUGAGAACCACAUGAAUCCCCAUCUGACAGGUGGAGGAACCGGUGACGGCCCUCUAGACGUGUCUAUGAUCAUCAUCAUCUCCCUUGGGGUGAUCUGCGCCAUUCUGCUCCUCAUCAUGGUGGCCUUUGCCCUUCGCUGCUCACGCGAAAAGAACGACACUCGCUCAUACAACUGCAGGGUGGCUGAGUCUACUUAUCAACAGCACCCUAAAAAACCCUCACGUCAGAUCCAUAAGGGCGACAUCACCCUGGUGCCCACCGUCAACGGGACCCUCCCAAUCCGUGCACACCAUCACUCACCAACCUCCUCGCCCGGACCUGAACGGGCCCACAUGGGCAGCCGGCAGAGCCAACACAGCCGCCAAUCACUGAACAGCUUGGUCACUAUUUCCUCCAAUCACAUCCUUGAGAACUUCGCCCUGGAAAUGACACAUGCCACGCCCCCUGUUGAGCAAGUCUCACAGCUCCUCUCAAUACUCCAUCAGGGUCAGUAUCAGCCGCGGCCCAGCUUCAGAGGGAACAAAUACUCUCGCAGCUACAGGUACGCCCUCCAGGACAUGGAUAAGUUCAGUCUAAAAGAUAGUGGGCGUGGCGACAGUGAUGCGGGCGACAGCGACUGUGAGAUGGGCCGUGAUUCGCCCAUCGACCGGUUGCUAGGCGACGGGUUUGGAGACCUCUUCCACAACGACGGACACCACCGUCUCCACCCAGUCAUGAAAUUGUGUACGGAGGAGUGCCGUGUGUUGGGUCACUCUGACCAGUGCUGGAUGCCAUCUCAGGCGUCUUCGGAUUACCGUGCGAACAUGUACAUCCCUGGAGAAGAGAGCAGGCCUCAGGUCCUCGAGGAGGACCAACAGUCAGUCGACUCAGCUAAGAAGAGCUUUUCUACCUUCGGAAAGGACAAUGAGGAGGAAUGCGGCGGUUCGCUGCUGUCAGAAAUUAACAACGUCUUCCAACGUCUCCUGCCAACUUCUUACGCUGAGGUCAAUGAGCUCGAAGGAUGUGCUGGCCCUCCCACUUCCUCCAUCGGCAUGGAGAUCAGAAAGGGCUUCCUGCCAGGUAAGGCGUCAUCUACAGGCCCCGCCUACCCGCAGGGCGUUGCUGUUUGGGCGGCCAAUACUCACUUUCAAAAUCCCGGUAGUGCUGUGACGAGCGGACACGGCUCGACCAAUCACGCAGCAUCACAGGCAUAUUUAAAAUGGCUGCCAGCGAUGGAGGAGAUCCCAGAGAACUACGAAGAGGACGACUUAGAGAGUGUGCUCAGCCAACGGCAGGGAAAACGCAACGACACGAGACACGAAGUUGUCGACGCUAGCGAACUGGUUGCCGAAAUUAACAAAUUGCUUCAGGACGUACGCCAGAGCUAAACAACAAUCUGUUAAAGAACAUUUCCCUGUCUCUUUCUUUUUCGUUCGCUCUAUUUUCGUAAAGUGAACUAAUCAUUUAAAGGAGGAGAAAGGGAGAGAGUUCAGUGCUGUAGCCUUGAUUGAGUCGCAUGUGGAAGCAUUUCGGUUAAUAUUGUUUACUUGGUAUGACUUUUUGGUCUUUUCGUACAAAAGUGAACACAAUGUGAUUGUAAACACCUUUUAUGUUUUUUUACU